AUGGCCGCCGUUCACGACCAAGAAAAUCCUCCCGCCGCCGCCGCUGCCGUGGUGGUGGUGGUAGUACCCUUCUUAUUUCAAAGCCACCUAAACCAAGCCUUACAGCUCGCCCACCUCAUCUCCUCUUACAAAAUCCCGGUCUACUACGCCACCUCCGCCGCCCACUGUCGCCAAGCCAAGCUCCGUUACAACGGAAAAAACACAUCUUCAAUAACCCACCUCAAUUUCAUCGAAUUACCCAUGCCACCUUUCCUUUCUCCACCACCCAAUCCAAAUUCAACCCUAAAAUUCCCAUCUCAUCUCCAGCCCUGUUUGGAUGUCUGCUUAGAAUUACGCCACCCAACCGCUGCCCUCUUGCGUCAACUCUCCUCUUCAUCUAAAAGGGUCGUCGUUAUCAACGACACAAAUAUGGCGUACGUCACUCAAGACGUCGCCACCAUUCCAAAUGCAGAAUCCUACUCUUUCUCCUGCAUAUCCGCGUUCAGUCUUCACUGUAUAAUCAAUCAAGGUAUACUUGAUGAGUAUAAAACUAAUGUCGAUCGUAUUUAUUUAAAACCGAUUGCAGAAACUGUCACGCCGGAGAUACUGAAGUUCGCGGCGUAUCAAUCCCCUCAUGAAGACCUUAAGAGUGGAGAUUUAAUCAAUACGUGUAGAACGCUGGAAAGAUCGUAUCUUGAUUUACUAAAGGAUAAGAAACAAUGGGCUGUUGCGCCAUUGAAUCCGGUGAUUAGAGCGACCGACGAGAUGAUUAAUAACAACACUUGUCUUCUGUGGCUAGACAAACAGCCGAGGAAGUCUGUUUUAUUCGUUUCGUUUGGAUCGACAACUUCAAUGAUGGAUGAACAGGUGAAGGAACUUGCUAUGGGUCUUAGACAGAGCAAACAGAGAUUUCUCUGGGUUUUUAGAGAUGCGGAAAGGGGAAAUGCUUUUAGCGAUGAUAAUGGAGAUCGGAAAAGCGGAUUGCCAGAUGGGUUUGAAGAGAGUGUGGAGGGAAUAGGAAUGGUGACACGAGAUUGGGCACCGCAAGUUGAGAUCUUGGGUCAUGGUUCGGUUGGAGCGUUUAUGAGUCAUUGUGGUUGGAAUUCGUGUAUGGAGAGUUUGAGUAUGGGGGUUCCUAUUGUGGCUUGGCCAAUGCAUUCUGAACAACCUUAUAAUGCUCUGCUUGUGACCGAGAUGCUUAAGGCUGGUGUGGCGAUUAAGGAAUGUGAUGGGGAUUUGGUGGGUUCGGAUUUGAUUAAGGAGGCGAUUGAAGAGAUGAUGGUUUCUGAUGAAGGAGUGAUUAAGAGAGAAAGGGCGGAGGAAAUUGGUUUGGUUUUGAGGAAUGCUGUUGAAGAAGGUGGUGCUACUCGUUUGGAGAUGGAUUCUUUUGUUGAACACAUAACCAGAUAG